AUGAGUGAACAGUCCGAGCAAGCGUCGCCUUCGCGCAGCAUCGAUGAGCUGGAACGCCUGGUACAGCAUUUUGUGGCAGCCAAGCGCUCUCUCUCCUCGACCGCGCUGGUGUCGCGAGCCCAUGAUGUCGUGACGACGGCCAGGCGCCUCGUUGAGGAGACGGCUGUGCUAUCGGCCAAGAAUGCCUUUGUUAGGCAAGGAGUGCUGGAAGAAGCGAACGUCUUGGUAGCCGUGAGAGAUGGUCUGGACAGCAUCGGCCGCGAAACCGAUGUUGACUUCAAGCUCGAUCUCGCCGACAACCGCCUCCAAGCCACUUUGGUACAACUGACCAACACCCAAGUAGACACGUCGGAACUGCACUCUCGAGGUGCCACCNCCGAUAAACAAAAGACACUGCACGAUUUCAUCGACGAAGACACACAUCUCAACCUCAUCGAAUCUCUCCGCAGUACUAUCGACUCGCACAAGGCAGCAGAAGCCGACUUCCAACACUCUCAAGACUUAUUCGACGAUCACAUCCACUUACUCGACACUGCUGUGAACGAUGCUGAUCAAGCUACCGAGAACCAGGAUAACCUCUCCNCUAUACCGCCACUGUUCCAUACUCUUACAACACAUGCCACCGAGAUGGCUUCACUGCUAAGCUCUCUGGUCGCACACUAUGAUCUUUGCACAUCAGCUCUCAAACACACAGAAGGAGGAGGUGAGGCCGCUCGACAAGCCAACCCGUCCUCUGCCUAUGACGCUCUCGAAGACAGUCUAUACAAAAACCUACCUUUGGGUCCUCUGAAUGAACAAGAACGUCAAGAGAUGCUUGCCGUCGUAGACAAUGACGCUCAAGAGGUCGAAGAUGUUGUACUUGAGAUUGGCGAACGUCUUUCGGAAAUGGAAACGACACUCGAUCAACUGCAGUCACAUUCGCAGGCCGUACGCCUACGCCACAAACUUCUCAAUCGUGUGCUCGAGCUGCUUCGUACGCUUGGGUGUAACCUCCCCACGUUCAUUGCUGCCGCCAAGCUAUAUGGCAACAACUGGAAUACGCUCAAGGAAACCUUAUGUGCAAAAGCGGAAGAACUAGCUUCAUUGACUGACUUUUACGAGUCGUUCAUCACAUCCUAUGCCUCAUUGCUUGAGGAGGUCAACCGUCGGCAUGCUCUCGAAAGUCGAGUGCAGCGUAUUGCCGACAAGGCUCGCCGUGAGCUUGAGGCACUAUACAAAGAGGAUGUUGCUAUGCGCGAAGACUUUGUCCGCGGGACUGGCGAAUUCCUGCCACGUGAUAUCUGGCCUGGUUUGAUCGAUGCUCCAAGGCGCUGGGAGAUUAGAGCCGUGUCCCCUGAAUUACAACAGGAACCACUUCAAGACAAUGGAGAGCAAUGA